UGCUAUAUAUGCAUCUCUGCCGUCGUUGAUUUUGAUGCACCAACAAAGAUGGGACAGACUGCAACCUUACCCUGCAGAAAAGGUGGUACCUACGUCACCGAGCUUUAUGAAUGGUUCAGGAAGUUCCUGAAUGAGUGUCCCAGUGGACUGAUCACCCUGCAUGAGUUCAGACGUCACUUCUGCAACGGCACUGUGGGAAAAGAGUCAGCGGAGUAUGCAGAGCAGAUAUUCCGCACGCUAGAUAACAAUGGGGAUGGAGUUGUGGACUUCAGAGAAUAUGUGACGGCUAUCAGCAUGUUGAUUGAGGGCACGACGGUGGAGAAGCUGCGCUGGUCCUUCAAACUCUAUGAUAAAGACAAAGAUGGAGCUAUCACACGCUCAGAGAUGCUUGAAAUCAUGCAGGCCGUGUAUAAAAUGAGCGUGGCAGCAUCAUUGACCAAACCUGAUCCACUGACUGCUGAAGAAUGCACCAAUAGGAUAUUCGUACGGCUGGACAAAGAUAACAAUGCUAUUAUUAGUCAAGAGGAAUUCAUUGAAGGCGCGCUGAAUGAUGAAUGGAUCAGAGAGAUGUUGGAAUGUGAUCCAAGCACAGUGAAGAUGGAGAGGCCUCUUAAAGGCCAUACAGGACUGUAAAGAUGUGGGUCUAUUUACAUUCAGUAUAAAGGAGGUCAUGGCUGUUACAGUAUUGAUUGUGAUGGGGCUGUUAUGAAUGCCUUAAAGAGAAGUUUGUGCAUUAGUAGUAUACUUGAAUUAAAGGAAUAGUUCACCACAAAAUGAAAAUCAGGCCAUCUAAGAUAGAAAUUUUGCAUUACAUCUCUUGCUCACCAAUGAAUCCUCUGUAGUGAAUGGGUGCCGUCAGAAUGAGAUCUUGGAUGAUAUGAGAGUGAAUACAUUUUCAUUAAGUUUUAUUUUUUUGGUGAACUAUUGCUGUAACCUGUAAAUUGACACAGUGAAUGACACUCAAAUUAAUUCUACUUCUGAUGUUAGAUUUUUGUUGCUUUUUAAAGCUUUCUGCUUACCAAGCCUUUAUUUAUUUUUUCCAAAAUACAGCAAAACAGUAAUAUUGUGAAAUGUUUUGUACUAUUUUAAAUAACUGUUUUCUAUUUGAGUAUAUUUUAAAAUGUCAUUUAUUCCUGUGAUUUCAAAACUAAAUUGUCAGCAUCAUUACUCCAGUCUUCGGUGUCACAUGAUCCUUCAGAAAUCAUUCUGAUACGCUGAUUUGCUUUUUAAGAAACAUUUCUUGUCAUUGUUAUCAAUAUUUAAAACAUUUUUU